AAAUUUCGCUCGCUAAGAGCAAUAAAUUCUGACAGAAAUGACGAGGGUAAUUAACCUGUGGAGUGACACCGUGACCCAGCCCAGCCAAGCCAUGAUGGACGCCAUGAUGAGGGCGCCCCAGGGAGACAACCACCGCGGCAAGGACACCUCCAUCAAUGAGUUGGAGAAGCGGGUGGCGGCGCUACUGGGGAAGGAAGCUGCUCUCUUUGUCCCAACUGGCACUAUGGGUAAUCUUAUUUGUGUGAUGACCCAUGCUAGAACCCGGGAUUCGGAGGUCAUUCUAGGUCACAGAAGUCACAUCCACCUGAUGGAACAAGGUGGCAUAGCCCAGAUCGGGGGCGUCCAUCAUCGAGUGGUGACAAACCUGGCAGAUGGGACAUUCUCUUUGGAGGAGUUGCAGCAGAUGGUGAGGACCAACAGCAUCCACUUCCCCAUCAGCGCUCUCGUCUGUGUGGAGAAUACCAUGGAUGGCCUGGUGCUCCCUCUCAAGUGGCUGGAUCAGUUGGGUGUUGUGUGUAAGGAACUGGGACUACCAAUACACAUGGACGGCGCUCGUCUCUUUCACGCUUCUACCGCCCUCUCCCUUCCCCCACACAGGAUCGUCCGUGACUGUACUUCCGUCAGCCUUUCCAUAAGCAAGGGCCUUGGAUGUCCUGUGGGAUGCCUCAUUGUGGGUUCCAGGGAGUGUAUAAGAGACGCUACGCGAAUUCGUAGGGUGCUCGGGGGCUUUAUGAGCCAACCUGGGGUGCUGGCUGCUUGCGGGUUAUACGCCCUGGACCACUUGCUGCCUCUCCUCCCUCGUGACCACCACCACGCCAAGAUCAUCGCUCAAGGAGUAGCGAGCCUUGGGAGUAGGGUGGUUUGGGUGGAGGAGAAUAGUGUCCACACCAACAUAGUGAUGCUGUUCUGUAACACUUCGAUCCUCACCCCAGCAAGACUCUGCCAGAGACUACUCCAGGUGAGGGAGGAGGAGGUGGCCAGUAUUGGUGAGCGGGUCACUGUGGAACUUCUUGCCAAGGAUACUGUCGCACGACUGGUUACUCACUGUAAUGUCACUCCUGAAGACACCCGCUUGGCGAUCAAGAAACUGCAGUACGUCAUCAUGGAACUGGACCCUACUCUACGGUGCUAAACUAACAUACUACGGUACUCGAAUUGGACACUGUAAUAAGAACUUUGUUGUAGGAGUGUGUAGUGUGUGAGUGUGCACCACAUAAUAUGUACCAUACGACUACCGAGCACACAUGUAGUUGGGAGCGCCUGGCAGCCAAGUCGUGAUUGAGUGGAGCAAGUGACGUCAUAAUGAGUAAGCAAACUGUUCAAACCAACCAAUUUAACAGAACCUAACCUAACUUAGAUAAACCUAACGUAAUCUAAUCUAACAAAACUAAACCUCCCCAAACUUAAGUUUAACCAAAUGUGACCCAGGAUAUGCUUGUCGUCUGAGGUGUUAUAAAGAACCCCGGUCUCAAGAAGCCGGUCGUAACACAUACUGGUAAUGCAUGGAGGAAAUAAUAAUAAUAAUAAUAAUAAUAAUAAUAAUAAUAAUAAUAAUAAUAAUAA